AUGGCCUCCCAGCAGUACAUCUUGUACGACCUCGCCUCCAAGCCCCCUCAAAAGGCCUGGUCCCUCAACCCUUGGAAGACACGGCUCAACCUCAAUUACAAGAAAGUCGAUUACAAGACAGUCUGGCUUGACUACCCCGAGCUCAAGUCUAACCUGCAGCCUCACUUCAAGCAGGAGCUUGAGCUGUACACAUCGCCAACGGUCGCAUUCCCCAACGGCGAAUAUGUCGCAGACAGCUGGGUGAUCGCACAGAAACUCGAGAAGGAGCACCCGGAGCCCUCGCUUCACCUGGACGCCCCAUAUGUCGCCAAGGUGCAGGAUAUCGUGGCCAAGAUCAUGCCUCACCUCAAAGGCAUCACCGCCUCGCAGGUGUUCAAGAACUUGCUCAACGAGGCGAGCUUCGACUACUGGCGCAAGACGCGCGAGGAGCGGAUCGGCAUGACACUGGAGCAGGCCGAGGCCGAGCGAACAGGCCUAAAGGUCUGGCAGGAGGCCGAGGCGGAGUUCAAGGAGGUUUCCUCAUGGCUGAAGGAGAACGAAGGACCUUUCUUCCUUGGCUCGGAGCCUUCGUUCGCAGACUUUCAGUGGGCGGGGUUCUUGCUCUUCUGGCAGCGUGUUGGCAAUGGCAACUACGAGCACUUCAAGACGGUGGUGGGCUCUGAUAUUUCAGUUCACGAGAGGCUGCUCGAGGCUGUCAAGCCCUGGUCUGCCAGGGACGAUUAUUAG